AUGGUGGACGGCGGCGAUUUCGCCGGCACCAUUUGCUCGAUCUGCUACGAGCCUCUCAACCCUAUUAACGAGGACCUCCAAUCGGUCUCCAUCUGCGGCCACGUCUUUCACGAGCUUUGUCUGCAGCAAUGGUUCGAGUACUGUUCGAAAGGAAAGAAACGCACUUGCCCCAUUUGCAAGCAGAGUUGCAGGGCAAGCGACGCGUGCAGGCUUUAUUUUCAGUCAGUGGGGGACGCGAACGAUGGUGGGAAGCUUCAGAAGCGCUUUGAAAGUGAGGAGAAUGUUGGGGUACUGCGUAUGGAAGUGAAGAGAUUGGAGGUGAAAGUUUCGGGGCUUAAUUCUGAGCUGGAACGGCAAACAAAGGAAUUGGAAGGAGUUAAGGAGGAGCUUUGUAUUUGCAAGGAGCAGGCAAAGAUAGAAACAGCAUUAAAGAAUGAGGCUUUAAAUCAAAAAGCAUCCAUACAAUUCCAGUUUCAUAAGAAAUCAGAGGAGCUUGAGAAGUCAACUUUGGAGUCUUUUAGAUUAAAAGAAAAGAAUAUGGCUUUGGCUAAAGAACUUGCAGCAUUAAAAUUAGUGUCUGAUCUGGACAUUGAUGAAGAGGAGGUUUUGAAGCUUGCCACUUUUGGUAAUGGGGCCAACAGUAAAGACACAGUAGAUACAUUGAAAAAAUCUUUGGUCAUGCGGAACAGGAGUUAUAAAGAAUUGAUGGCCAAGUGCAAUGUUCUUGGAAGAGGUGAGGCCCGUUAUAGCAAAAAACUUGAGAAGGCUAAAGAGAAGAUCGCUAAACUGAAGGCAAGGGUACAAGAACUGGAGACAUUAGCUGAAGCAAAAGAGAAUGAAUAUUUGAUGUCUCUGAAACUUUCAAAAAGCACAAAGAGUUCAAAGAAUCUUGAGAGUAACUUCUUCAACUCUGAUUCUGAUGCAUUGACAGCUUGUAAAUUUUCAUUGAAAGAACAAAGCAAACAGAUCUCAACACCCAAAUCUGGAAUAAACCUGGCUGCAAAUGACAACAGUAAAUCUUUUCAUUCUUUGAAGAUAGAGAACUCCAGUGCUACUACAAAUAAGACUGUGAAUAUUAUUCAUAGAACUCCUGAUAAAAAGAGAGACUACAUCACAAUUGAUGAAGAUGAUUUAGAAGGCACUAACGCUUUGCAAGGAUGUUCACAACAAAACUACAAAGAUCGAGACAGGGAUAAUAUUGCUUUUAGCAAGCCUUCUCUAGCGAAGCUAGAGACCAUGUCUACCACAAAGACCGAAACGUUAUUCCAAGGAAAAUGUACUUUGGCUGAGUCUCCCAGAGUUGAUAUUGAAAUUGACAUUUCUAACAUUUCAGCUGGUCCUAUGGAUGAAGAUGUAACUUUACAAACCACCAUUAAACAACCUGUGGUGAACAUUAGAAAGGAAUCACCAUUUACAAUUUCAAAUUCAGGUCCAGAGAAUAUAUGCUUUUCUGGUGGUUUGCUUGGUCCUGAUGGAACUCAUCGGUUCUUGGGAAAAUGGUGCAAGCGUGGACAGAACAGUGAAUCAUCAUCUGCAAAGAGAUCAAGUAAUGGGGAUUUAAUAGCUGUUGGGGCUGAUGGUAGAGGUGGUAGAAUAAAAGUUCUAAGGACUCCUACCCAAAUCCUCUCGGGUGGUAAGGAAAAUUCAGCAAGUUCAAAACGGUCAAAGCUUGGACCUAAAACAAGUAGUUUGCAUUCCCAGGGAUGCCUUCAGAUAGAACACUUUUUUGGGAGAGUCACUCAAUAA